UGUCCAGUUUCGCUGGUUGACUUUUACCUGUGAGGUAGACUAGUUUCGGUUCGCCGGUUGGAAAUAAGAAGCAACAGCCGCCGGGGUCCGCUCCGGUCCAGAGGUGAUAAGAUUUCCGUCCUCCCUCUCCGGACCCGUGUGACUCAGGGGUUCCCAUUGCGGAGCGUCGGACGGGAUUUCUCCGGGAUUUUAGAGUCGGUGCGCAACAGCGAGCAAAGCAGGAGGCAGGUGCACGGGAGAGGACAGGACAGGGGAGGAGGAGGAGGAGGGCUGCCCGUAUUUCCGUGACAGAGUCCUGUCGUUCAAACCGGAGCGAAUGACUGGAAAUCAACUGGUUGGCGCCUCGGUCGUCGAUCUGUGGUAGUUUCAUUAGUAUGCGGCUGGAGUCCCCACGCUGCUGCCGACCUCCAGCCUGAGGACUGAUCGGCAGCCCUGAAGUCUCCGCCGUGCCUGCUGAGUGACUCCUCGCCCCGGGGAGGAGGAGGAGGAGGAGGCGGCGGCAGCAGAGGCAGGACCCCGGCUGCAGCGACUGUUGUGUGGAGCACUCUUCACGGACACAACACGGACCUCCUCGCCUUGUGGAUCGGGAAGAUGAUGGGCUUUCUGCGCCGGACGUUCAGCCGCCGCUCACGGAGCCGCUUCCAGACAAGAGAGAGAGACGAGCGGGACGGUAAAGGGGGAGGGGGAGGAGGGGGAGCAGGAGGGGUGACCGGGAACCCCCUGCUCCUGGCCCAUCAGCAGCAGGUCGUCCACGCGCCCGCCGUGGUCACGGGGGGAGCUUCGGUUCACAUCGCGGCGGCCGGGACGUCGAGGACCACCAUCACCUGCCGCGUCCUGCUGCUGGACGGCUCGGAUGUCAAUGUGGAUUUGCCUAGCAAAUCCAAAGGCCAGGACCUUUUUGACCAGAUCAUGUAUCAAAUAGAUCUGGUUGAGACAGACUACUUUGGAUUGCAGUACAUGGACACAGACCAAGUUUCACACUGGCUGGAUAUGUCCAAGCUUAUAAAGAAACAGAUCCGAGACGGGCCUCCUUACAGACUCUUCUUCAGAGUGAAAUUUUAUUCUUCAGAGCCAAAUAACCUGCGUGAGGAAUUUACAAGGUAUCUGUUUGUGUUGCAGCUUCGGCAAGAUAUUCUGUCUGGCAAACUGAAAUGUCCGUAUGAUGUCUCAGUAGAGCUGGCGUCAUAUUGUUUACAAAGUGAGCUGGGAGACUGCGAUCCGUUGGAUCACUCUCCUGAGCUGGUGUCGGAGUUUCGUUUCUCUCCCAAACAGAGCGAGGCCAUGGAGGCGGACAUCUUCAGCAGGUGGCUGGAGCUCAGGGGAAAGAGUCCGUCUCAAGCAGAGAUUGCUUUUCUCAACAAAUGCAAGUGGCUGGAACUUUACGGAGUCGAUAUGCACUUUGUCAAGGGCAGAGAUGGGGGAGAAUAUGCACUGGGUCUCACUCCUACUGGUAUCUUAGUGUUUGAAGGCUCCAACAAAAUCGGCCUCUUCUUUUGGCCCAAAAUCACUCGGCUGGACUUUAAAAAGAGUCGACUCACGCUGGUUGUGGUGGAAGACGAUGAUCAGGGUCGGGAGCAGGAGCAUACGUUUGUGUUCCAGCUGGCCAGCUCCAAGAGCUGCAAACACCUGUGGAAGUGCGCCGUGGAGAGCCAUGCCUUCUUCCGGCUACGACAGCCAGCCACAGGCAAAGCCAGUCGCAGUGACUUCACCCGACUCGGGUCCCGCUUCAGAUUCAGUGGUAAGACAGAGUAUCAGGCCACUCACGGAGGCAGAGUGAGGAGAGCCAGCACGUUCGAGAGAAGGCCGAGCAAGCGAUACCCCUCCCGCACACAGUCUCUGGGUAAAGUUGCCAUUUCUCCUGCCAAGCCUCCACAUAUCAGCUCUCACGCCAGCCCUGAUCCCAGCCUACAUCCAUACCAGCACAACAUUCCUAUUGGUCACGAGCCGUGGCACGCGCCCCACCCCGCUCGCACACCCCCAGUUUACCUACAGCCAUCCGGACACACGGCACCACACAGUUUCCCCCUGAGUGGUCCUGCUUCAGACCAUCAGUUCAGCGUUGAGGAGAAUGAGACUUCGUAUUCUGGCAAAAUCCACCACCAUCACCGACGCCACACACACAGCCAGGACACGCUCUGCCACACACACACCAAGAACAAACGUCGAGCUCCUCCUUGCCCAGCAGAUGAGUUGGACAUCUCUCAGUCUCUGCUCAAAGCUCUGGAGUCAGACAGCGAUUCUCCUCCUUGGCCCUCGCUGCACGUUAACAUGGACAACAAGGGAGAGGAGAAGCAGCUGUCUGAAAAGUCUCUGCACCCUCCUGCCUCCCCGGCCAUGCUCCCAGACCACCUUAAAUGUAACAUCCUCAAAGCCCAGAUGGAGGCAGCUUUCAGAAAGGAACCUCCAACAACGCCCAGGGGAAAGAAUUCAAAUGAGACUCUCAAUGACAGGUAUCAGAGCUCAUCCCAAGACUCAGCUGCGUCCAGUCUGACUGCAGACAAGACGCCCAAUCGGCAAGACCGCAACCCAACGCCAGAGAGGCUGCAGCCCAAAGCCAACCCAAGCACCAACCGCAGGAAACGACUGGUCAGACAGUUCAGCUUUAACCACGAAGAUGAAGAUAAUCUCCCAGAAGCACUUGCAGCCAUCUCCUCCCAGAGUGCGGGAAAGUCAGGCUCUAGCAGCUCACUGGACAAACAGAUACAGCCCUCCAUAUACCCACAGGUGGAUAAUAUGCCAGCACUGGAGCUGGGUAGUCCAUGCUGUCCCUCUCCUUCACCUUCUCCCCACCUUUCCCCUUCCUACUACCGUAGCUCCAUUCCUCACCUGGUCCCUUACCUUGCUGCCCAUAAUGAAAGCGGAGAGGAAACGAGAUUGGACAGAGAGAAGAUACUAAGGGCCCUCCUGAUGACAGAGCUUUGAGACCUUGACCCUUGACCCCUGUGACAGACGAUGCAAAACAGGCGUUAACUGGAUGUGUAAGAAGAGGUCCCAAAGUCGUUGGCUGCAAUCAACAUUUGUAUAUUUGCAUAAUACAUUCAGCAGUUAUAAAUAUAUAUUUGCAUAAAGGCAAUUGUUAUAUUUGCUUAAUUGUUAUUUUAGAAGGAUGGCUCUUUAUAUUCAUCCAACUGAAACUGUAUACUGAAACUGUAUAAACUAUAAGUGAGACAGAGUCAAAUCAAAUGGACUCACUAUUUACCUGACUCACACACACACACACACACACAAAACAGACAAGCUACAGAUGUGACUGGUGCUGCCUGCAUGAUAAAUACGUUACAAGAUGAAAUGUUCAUCUGAUUUGCUUUGGAGUUAUGUUCAGGUUUAUGUGAUUUCAUCAUCACUGUGUCCAUGUUGAUGCCUAAACUGUGUUUCAGACAGCGACUGUUGAAGCAUCCAACCCUACACUUUAAAAAAAAAAAAAAAAGCACUUCUGAAGUGAAAAGUUACUUCACUUUCAAGUCAGUUUGUUCAAAAUGUAAAUAGACAUUUAAUAUGCUGAUACUGUAACAGAGCAGGCGUUGUAAAUGCUUACUUCCUUCUUGUAUCUAUUCUGAUGUCGGACAUCCACUUUGACAUGCCAAAACAUUCGCAGCAUUUGAGGUUUAAGAAACUUCUCAAACAGAGUGAAUUGAAAGUGAAUUAAGACUGUGUGGGAGAUGUUGAGACUGGACUGCAGUCUCAGUCUGUCCACUAGAAGGAGACAAAUCUGCAGUCACUGCUCCUGUAGCAGCUGAAAACAGAUCCUGUAUUACAGGUUGUCAUGAGGAACAGAUCUUGAGUCUGGAUCUUUCUUUCUUUCGUUCUUUUUUUUCACAUGCAGUUUGAGUUUUCACCAGAGGUCACACGCAAAACUGGUCUCAGAAAUCAUUUUCUUGGAAAUUAGGUAUUAGGGAGCGUGACACUGCUGCUCAACAACUUUCUUUCUGCCUUUCUUUUGUCACAACCACAACUGAGGCAGCAUAUGAUCUGAUCUGGUGCUGCAUUGUAUGUGCCGACUGAGUUGUUCCUGCCCUCUGUUGGAUCUUAA